GUCUUGGUCUGAUGAAAGAUGUCCUUAGAUGCCUCCUGGAGGUUUGGCCAAACGUGGGAAAGCAGCAUCCCCUUCCACCCACAUUUGCUCCUUUCCUAUCAGCUUUUUUACGUCUUCUUUUCCCUUUCAAGAAAACGACUCCCAGCUUGAAACCAAAAGAGAAAAAAAAAGAAAAGGAAGGUGCUUCUAAGCAAGCCAGCUGCAGCUUGCUUUAUUAUUAUUUUUUGGGAGUGGGGAAAAGAAGCAGAGAGUGCAAGGCAGAACAAAGCUCUGUCACAACGGUGUUUCCUGGUUGUCGCCUCCUGCCUGCAAGUGGCUGAACGCUUUCCCCGGCUUGAUAUCAUCAUGCAGAAAAGGAUGAAGGCGACGCAAUGAGCGAUUCAGGUGCUGACGGAGUCCCAGUCAGAUGCUUCCUUACGGAAUUUUUAUCUCCUUUUUGUUAUUGGCAGAAGACAAAAUAAUCACUGUGGGAGCACAAGAACCACUUUGGGUGUUGGAUUUUAAACUGAACCACCGGACGGCGUGACUUACCUGGCUAUUCCCAACGUCCGGACAAAAAUGGAGACUCUGUCCCAGGAUAUUCUGCUGGAAUGUCAGAUUUGUUUCAAUUACUACAGCCCUCGGCGGAGGCCCAAGUUACUGGACUGCAAGCAUACCUGCUGUUCAGUUUGCCUUCAGCAGAUGAGGACCAGCCAGAAGGACCUGCGGUGUCCGUGGUGCCGAGGGAUCACUAAACUGCCGCCUGGCUUUUCCGUCUCCCAGCUGCCGGAUGACCCAGAGGUCAUUGCUGUGAUUGCAAUACCCCACACAUCAGAGCACACUCCAGUCUUCAUCAAACUUCCUAGCAAUGGGUGUUACAUGCUGCCCUUGCCCAUCUCCAAGGAGAGGUCCCUCUUGCCAGGAGACAUUGGCUGUCGCCUUCUCCCAGGCAGCCAGCAAAAGUCUCUCACUGUGGUGACAAUCCCAACCGAGCAGCAGCCAUUGCAAGCUGGGGUCCCGCAGGAGGCUGGAGACGAGGAGCAAGACAGGAGGGGCAUAGUGAAAAGCUCCACCUGGUCAGGGGUUUGCACUGUCAUUCUGGUGGCUUGUGUCCUGAUCUUCCUCCUGGGAAUUGUCCUCCACAACAUGUCCUGCAUCUCCAAGCGCUUCACUGUGAUCUCCUGCGGCUGAAAGGAGACGGCCAUGGCGAAACCUCCUAGGGAUUUGGGCAGGUGGAUAUGGUGGUGACAGUAUGCCAUGAGACGAAGCGCUGUCGCACGGACUGUUCUCGAGUACUGAGUCACUGACAUCAGGCAAGCUGAUUGAUAGUCCAGAGUCUGCUGUAAAAAAUAAAAAAAUAAAAAGUAGGGCCUUGAGACCUGUUGGUAGAGUAUGGGCACAUCCAGUGCUUAUUUGCUGGUAACAGUAUCAAGGAAGACUGCAUGCAUCACCAUAAUCACUUAACAAAUGAGCUGUAAUUUGUAAUGAUUUCAUCCUGUUAUGAGAUUCAAAGAUGUCUAUUUAGCUGGUUCUACUGUAAAAGUAUAGGACACAAUCUCUCCCCCUUCUCUCUGUCUCUCUCUUUCUUAACAGAGUAGUAGAUUUACAAAUCGAAAUGCUGUAUGUUCAAGUAGAUUUCAACAUUUUGGAUUAAGAAAGUCGAGCUACCCAGUACUUUUCCAGACGUAGCAAAAGCAUAACUCUCUAUUUUUAAACAGCAAAGGGGAAGAUGUGAAAAGUAGUCAUUUAGUCAAUAAGGCUUUUUUGUAUCUUUUAAAUUGCACAUAAAUGGUUUUAAAAAAAUCUGUGCCAUAGUUAUAGAAAGGAAACAUUUCUUUUUCUAAAGCUUUGGAAGUAUUUUGGAUGUAAUAUAUGUGUGUUUAUGCUCAUCCUGUUUUCUUCUGUAGUUUAAGUGAUUUUUUUAAAAAGACGUGAAAUGGGACCGAUGCAUAGAAGCAAUAAAGGGAAUUAGCAAGGAUAUCUAGAAGUUCAGCUAAAAUGUUUGUCCCUUCUGCAAAACUCUACUUGACAAUGUAACUCCUGGGCAUGCUAUUUCAAGCGCACAUAGUGGAUGUAUUAGGUUUCUCAAGCACCUGUCCUUCAGGAGCUAGUAGGAAUAGCAUAAUACAAGAUGCCAGCUGAUCUUUCUACAAGUGUGGCACAGUGAAUGACUGUUGAAGACUUUGAUUCAGGUUGUCUAUCAUUUGAAUGCAAGCUGAAACUACAUUCCUGAAGGAAGCAUAACUAAAGUGCAGUUUCUAUAGAUACUUGUUCAUUAUUGCGACUGUGGAGUGCAAACUGAGGUUGUGCUUAUGAUGCAGAAUGUAUAAAUAAACCAGAUAUGUGGCACUG